UGUGGUUCACGGAGCAGCCGAAGCAGCGGGGGAUGCGCUUCCGCUAUGAGUGCGAAGGCAGGUCGGCCGGCAGCAUCCUGGGCGAGAGCAGCACGGAUGCCAACAAGACCCUGCCAGCCAUCGAGCUGCUGAACUGCCAGAAGAUCCCCGAGGUGAAGGUGGUCGCCUGCCUGGUGUGGAAGGACUGGCCCCACCGCAUCCACCCUCACAGCCUGGUGGGGAAAGACUGCAGCAACGGGCUCUGCGAGAUCAGCCUGAGGCCCCAGGCCAACCCCAAGCACAGUUUUAACAACCUUGGCAUCCAGUGUGUGAAGAAGAAGGAGAUUGAAGCAGCCAUAGAAAAGAAGCUGCAGCUGGGGAUUGAUCCAUUUAAAGCUGGCUCCUUGAAGAACCACCAGGAGGUGGACAUGAACGUGGUGCGGAUCUGCUUCCAGGCCUCGUACCAGGAGCCCUCGGGACAGACCCGGCAACUCAGCCCCGUCCUCUCCGAGCCCAUCUUCGACAAGAAAUCCACCAACACGUCGGAGCUGAGGAUCUGCCGGAUGAACAAGGAGUGCGGGCCCUGCACGGGUGGGGAGGAGCUCUAUCUGCUCUGCGACAAAGUCCAGAAAGAGGACAUCGCUGUGGUCUUCCGGAAGGACGGGUGGGAGAGCAAAGCGGACUUCUCGCAGGCCGACGUGCACCGGCAGAUCGCCAUCGUCUUCAAGACGCCCCCGUACCAGCACCUGGACAUCCUGGAGCCGGUGGAGGUGGAGGUGUAUCUGCAGCGCCUGACGGACAGCGUCCGUAGCGAGCCCUUCCACUUCACCUACCUGCCCAAGGACCCCGACGCGUACGGGGUGGACGUGAAGAGGAAACGGGGGAUCCCUGAUGUCCUGGAGGAGCUCUCAGCAUCGGACCCUCAUGGGAUUGAAGCCAAGAAGAGGAAGAAGAAGCCCGGUUACAUGGACCAUUUAAUCACCCCCCAGGGAACAGAGGAAGGCUUUGCCCUCCACCCCAACCUGGAUCACAUCACACUGCCUGAACCCUUCGAUUUGUACCUGGGCCAGGACUAUGCCUCCUACAGCUGCCUGAACCAGAGGGACGUGCUGCCUGCCGCCUGCCCUGCCAUGGAGCUGCCAGCCUGCCUCGGCCCAGAGUUCCUGUUGGAUGCCUAUAGCCCAGUGCAGAGCAGCCCUGCCCCGUUCCUGGCACCUGGGGACAGUGCCACGGGGGACGUUGAGGGUACGGCCAGUCUGGUGGGAAGUAACAUGUUCCCCAGUCACUUCAAGGAGGCCUACGAGCGGGCGGAGCUGGGCACGAUGCUGGGAGACGUGUGAGGAGCAGCCAAGCCUUGUUUCAGACCUGUCCUGGCAGGGAGCCCCUUGCUCUGGCUGGGCCGGGCACUCUGCUUGUGGAAGGGACUGCUUGUUCCUCCAGAAGACCAACUGAGAUCUGGGGGAGUGGAGAGAAUGAGAGCACAGAGACUGGGGGUGUGGCUGCCUGGGAAGGCUCCACCCACACCUGGCGCCUGUCUACUUCCACCUCCUCGCAGUCCCCUCGCUGUCGGCACAGUCACUCUGCAGUUCCACUCUCUCACCUCCCUCCUCCCCCCUGGAGCUGGCUGGCUGGGGAAGAGUCUGGCCCGAGGGGCUCUGCAGGGGCACCUUGUCCAUGGCUACACAGCUGCGAGGUUCAUUUGCUUUGCACUAUAUUUAUAGGGGUUAGUCAUAUGCACCAGUGCCCUGCCACAAAGGAGGCCACUUCUGGACAAAGGCUGAGUACGGGGUCCAUGCAGUCACUGGCCCCCAAAUCCUGGCCAGGCAGGGCUGAAGAAAUGUAAGGGCUGCUCCUGCUCCCAUUGUAGCCGAUGGCCAGGCGCCCUUGGCUGGAGUGUGAAUUGGGCCAUUGGCUUUGCUGCAGAUACAGGCGUGGCUCUCAGAGCUUCGUGAAGGCCAUGCCUCGUGCAGGCUGGAUGCCUCCUCUGCCCCCUCUGACUUGAGGCGGGGG